GCAUACUAUGAUGGCUGCUCUCUCUGAAGCAACCAACACCUUUACCUUGAAUGUUUUUAAAAAAAUUAAUGAAGAAGAUACCUCACAAAAUGUUUUUUAUUCUCCACUGAGCCUCUAUUGUGCCCUGGCUAUGGUCUUAGACGGGGCCAAGGGAAAUACUGCUGCACAGAUACAACAGGUUCUUUCUUUAAACAAAGGUACAGAUGUCCACCAAAGUAUCCAGUCUUUUCUUGCAGAAGCUAAUAAAUCUGGUAGUCAAUGCCUGCUAAGAAUUGCCAACCGACUCUUUGGAGAAAAGACUUUUGAUUUUAUCCCAUCUUUUAAGGAAUCCUGUCAGAGAUUCUACCAUUCCAACAUGGAAGAACUUGACUUUGCAAAUGCUCCUGAGGAAGCAAGAACGCAUAUAAAUAUGUGGGUCGAAGAAAAGACAGAAG